AGUCUGAACAAAAAAACCAAACAAGACUACACACCCUGCAGCCUCUGGGAAGUUUCUCCGCAUUCCUGCAACACACACCAAACACACACCCACGCACACUAACACAAUCUUAGAGAAAACUGAGAGCAAACACUCAGAAGCUGGUGUGUGUGCACUCAAACAGGAGUUUGGGGCGGGCCCGACGAAGAACUGGAGCCCAGAACCUCAUCAUCAGCGCCCUGCCAGACUCACGAUGAAGAAGGCAGGAGAUGAUGAAGGUGCAUCUGGCAGCCAGAGCCCAUCCACCCAGCAGCUGGGCGGCGAAGCAGCAGCGGGGAAGGUUCAGAGCAAACUGAGCGCCGCCACCUCCUCUUCUGGACCAGGCUGGACUAAAGUCAGCUGCCCCUGCUGCUAUUCAGACCGGGUUGAGCCGCUGGUUCUGGUGAAGCUCGGGAAGAAAGUGGGCCCGGAGACGAAGCGAUGGCUCAUCAAACUCAUUGGAGCUCCUCAUAAAGAUGGAGGUGCUGGUUUACUGGCCCACCCGGGCGAGGACGCCAGCGGUAACAUCAUCGUGGUGUCGGCGCCUCGCUGCACGUUGCUCCGGGCCACAGAGGAGCUGGGUCUUUGUAAGAUUUACCAAAACGACAACAUGGAGUCAUUUUCCUACAGCGACAGAGACAACUUUAAAGAUUCAGACAACAUGGAGAUGUUUCUCACCUCAGCAGAGCGACAGUACAUAGUGAAGUUUGAGCUGGAUGGCCUGCGAGCGCAGAGGGACCUGAGGAUACCGGGUCUGUCCGACAGCUGCAUACUGCUGAACCGGGCCAACAUCUGGCAAAAGCUGGGAUCAUUCGGUGUGAUUGUUGACACAUUUCCGCUCCACAAUCCAAAAAAACUGAAGGACCUCGGCAAAGGCUGGUACGCUGGGAACCAGCUGGUUCAGCCGCUGGAUAAAGUCAAUGAGUAUUUUGGAAGCUCUGUGGCGUUCUACUUCAGUUUCCUCGAUUUCUACACCUGGUCUCUGCUUCCUCCAGCCAUACUGGGCAUGUCCAUUGCAUACUUUUCAAGUGAGGUCCACAGGGAGAUGCUGGAGUCAGUCUCAGGUCCUCAGGCUGCAGAUGACCAGGAUGACCCAGGACUGGUAAUCAGCGGUCACAUGGUCCAGGCAGUAUUCAGCAUGAUCUGGUCCACUGUGAUUAUAGAGCUGUGGAAACGCCGGAGCUCCUCACUCUCGUACCGCUGGGGGACCAUGAGCCUGGCCGAACGCUUUGCAGAGCCUCGGCCCGGUUUCCACGGAGAACUUGGGGUGAACCCGGUGACCGGUCGCAUGGAGCCGCUGUUCUCUGAGUGGCAGAGGGAACUACGGAUGGCACUGGUGUCGGUCCCGGUGGUGGGGCUGUUUUUAGGGCUGGUAGUUCUGGGGAUGACAUGUUUCUACUGGGGGGAGGCCCAGGUCCAGCAGCUGCACAAGAACUGGGACUCUCUGCUGUCUAAGGCUUUGCUCUAUGUGCCCUCAGUGCUGCACAUCGUCUAUACAAACAUGCUCGCCACGGUUUACAAGACGGUGGCUCAGUCUCUGACUGAAUAUGAGAACCACAGAGAAGAGUCUUCAUACGAAAACCAUCUGACUGGAAAGGUCUUGGUGUUCACCUUCUUCAACUACUUUGCAGUGCUCUUCCAUAUUGCUUUCUUCAAGCAGGACGUGCCACUGCUUCGGAAGCGUUUAGCCUCUUUGCUGAUCGUGAGUCAGCUGGUGAACCAGGUGACAGAGGUGGUCAUACCUUACCUGGUGGACCGAUUCAUCAGCGCCCCCCACAGGACAGAGACGGAAGACGACCCAGAAGAGGAUAAAUUCAGGAACCAGAGCACCCUGCCUCCUUUUCCUGGCCUGUUUGCAGAAUACAUCGAGCUCCUGGUGCAGUUUGGGUAUUUGAGUCUUUUCUCCUGCGUGUUUCCCCUCACUGCCGUUCUGCUGCUUCUCAACAACAUAACAGAGAUCCGAACGGAUGCCUACAAGAUUUGUAAACUCUUUCGUAAACCCUUCUUUCCCCCCGUGGCCGGCAUGGGCGUGUGGCAGAUCGCCUUCGAGGUCCUGAGUUUUGUCUCCGUCGUGUCCAACUGCUGGCUGCUGGUGCUGUCGCCACGUUUACAGAAGAGGUGUCAGGAGGGUGAGAUGAGCAGCAUCAACCUUCUGCUGGGGGCUGUUAUCGUGGAGCAUUUACUCAUUUUAGUCAAGGUGAUCCUGGCAGCUCUGAUCCCAGAUGAACCCGGCUGGAUCAGAAAGAAGAGGGAGCACAUGGAGUACACAUCUAUGCAGGCUCUGAGACAUGAGAAGCUGCAUACUGAAGAGUCCUAGCUUUGUUUCAAGGUGGAGUUUUACAGCUCCAACUGCUGUCACCUGGUUUUUAAGUGUUUUUGCUGCCUUCACUAACCAACACGGUGCUUCUGCAAUUAAUACAAAGAUCUACCCUACAAGUGCAAUUGAAACAGCAGCUAUAAAGUGUUUUUAUUUUUGAAUAUUGAGCAGCAAAGUGAAUGUAGUGGUUUUAUUUUCUGCAUCAAAGUGCUGUGAUGAAGACAUUUAAAGAAAAAAAUAAACUUCCGAGACUUCAGUAUGCUGACUCACAGGCUUCAGGAUUUGAUGUUGGGGGCAGUGCCAAAGACAAAAAGGAUGCUGGUUUCAGAGCUGUAACAAGCUGCCGUUUGUAUUCAGCAGUCAGAAUCAGAAAAUAAUAUCAUUAACGGAGCUUUAGUCAAAG